AUGACCUUGGAUACUGCAUCUCUUCCACUGAUUCCCCUGGCAAUCGGUAUAGUCUGCCUGUUCGUUGCUGUCCUCAAUAGGCCAGGACGACGUCGACUUCCACCUGGCCCUAAAGGUCUUCCCAUCUUGGGGAAUAUCCUCGACGCACCCAAGGAGCACGAAUGGCGCACGUUUCAAGAGUGGGGUCGCACUUAUGACUCGGAUGUCGUGCAUUUCCAGAUUCUAGGGGCCCAUUACGUGGUCCUUAACUCCGCGAAGGCCACAACCGAACUCUUCGAGAGGCGGUCAAAUCUGCAUUCUGAUAAACCGCAAGCGGCAAUGAUUAACUUGACCGGCUGGGAUAGGAAUUUGGGCCUGAUGAAAUAUGGUGACUUUUGGCGGGCACAUCGCAAGAUAUUCCACCAACACUUCCGCUCAAACGCUGUGUUUGGAUACCAUCAAAGGUCAGAAAAGGCGGUGCGCCAGCUGCUCCGCUUACUCUACGCCGAGCCAGAGUGUUUUAUCAAACAUAUCCGCUUCAUGACCGCAUAUAAUAUCAUUGGCAUCAUGUACGGUGUGGAUAUUACCUCGGAAGGCGACCCCACUCUCGCAAUUGUGGAAGAAGCUCUCGACAUCUUGCAGAAAGUUGGCAAUCCUGGAGUGUAUCUUGUGGACUCGUUUCCUCUUCUGAGGUUCAUACCCUCGUGGUUCCCGGGUGCCAAAUUCAAACGCGACGCUGAGGCUUGGAAACCCAUAGUCGACAGGAUGUACAUACAACCAUACAAUGAUGUAAAGAUCGCUUAUGAAAGGGGAGUGCCAAGACCAUGCGUUGUGACGGAAAUGCUAGCGGAGCUCUAUAAGGACGGAGCAAAUUCUCAGAUGCUGGAGCAAGUCAUCAUCAACACUACUGGCACCGGAUAUGCAGCGGCGUCUGAGACGGCAAGCGGCCAGCUCACCCCUGCUGAAAUGCUUACCAAACUAUUACUCUUAGACCAGCUCGGUGUUGCAGAACUUGACCGAGUUAUAGGCACAGAUCGUCUGCCGGUAAUGGAAGAUGAAAAGUCGCUGCCAUAUAUCACAGCCCUGGUUAGGGAAACAUUACGUUGGAGGCCUGGACUCCCACUAGGUGUCGCACAUCAGUCGGUUGCAGACGACGAGUAUGAAGGGUAUCAUAUCCCUGCUGGGACUGUUUUGUUCGGAAACGCACGAACCAUUCUCCACGACGAAGAACGGUUUCCCAACCCGGACACCUUCAACCCCAGUCGCUUCCUCGACUCAGACGGACACCUGCUCAAACACCUGGUGGACGCUGUAUCCAGCGCGUUCGGUUUCGGCCGAAGAAUAUGCCCGGGACGUUAUUUUGCGUUGGACGUCGUCUGGCUGACGGUUGCCAAUGUCCUCUCGGCCUUCAAGAUUGAGAAGCCCUUCGAUGAGAUGGGGAACGUCGUGGAGCCCUCUGGAGAAUUCACUUCCGGAAUUGUCAGCUGUCCCGUUCCCUUCAAAGCCGUUUUCAAGCCGCGGUCGACCGUCGCGUUUGUCCAGUAG